GAUGCUGGAAGAGGAAAAGGACAAAGAGCAGCGAGACCGAGUUUGUUCUGAUGAGGAGGAGGAUGAAGAAAAAGGAGGGAAGCGCGUCAUGGGACCGCGAAAGAAAUUUCAAUGGAAUGAUGAAAUCAGGGAGCUGCUUUGCCACUUGGUGAAGAUUAAGUUGGAUGGUUAUGACCUUGACAAGAAUAAGGCUCAGUCUCUAGAGGAUUAUGUGAAGACCUUCCUAGAUGGAGAGGUGAAGCCCCUUUGGCCAAAAGGCUGGAUGCAGGCCAGGACACUGUUUAAGGAGAGCAGGCGUGUACAUGGACACCUCACAUCAGUCCUGGUGAAGAAGAAAGUUAUAGCUCCUACUAAGGUGAAAGUGAAGGAAUCUUCCUGCAAGCCAGAUAAAAAGGUGUCGGUUUCUGUUCCUUCGAUGCACUCAAGCAGCACCUUAGCUCUGUCUUCAGAGCCCCAGGGAGGAGCUCUGGGCAUCAGUGCCCAAACCAGAGAACUCUUGUCCCUUGGGACAGCCCAAGCAGCCAGCAGCACUGGCACUCCGGCUACCUUCAUGGAUGACUCCUUGGAUGAGGACUUAAUUCAUAAUCCCACUUCCUCCCUCGAAGCAGUCUCUAAGGAACUGGCUGUGCUGAACAGCAGAGCGGGAGGGAGCCCUGACUUUACUCUUCCUGGAGCUCCAAAAGCUCCAUCAGAGAAGAUCCCAACUCUUGCAUCCUCAGAGGAGAAGAGGACAUUUCCAAAGUCCAACCCUGCCCCUACAUCAUCCUCUGGUUCCCUCCAGUCUCCGCUAAAUUUCCUGGCUGAGCAGGCCCUGGCAUUGGGCCAAUCUUCUCAAGACAAAAAGGCAGAGAACUCUAAUUACAAAGAGCUCUCUUGCCAAGCCUCCCCCAGCAAAAUCCUUCCUGAUGCACACCAGGCUAAACAGAAACACCACAGCCUGGUCCGGCCAAGCCACGGGCCUCAGACCUCCACCCCAGUGCCGGGUUCUCAGGUGAAGGUCUUUCACUCAGGCAGCCAGCUACAGAAAACUUUCACCUCCCCGGCUCCGUUUGUCAAACUGCAGAAUCCCAAGUCCUCCUCCCCACUGCCCCAACGCUCCCUCCUCCAGCAGGUCAAGUCAUCAACCAAAGCUCAGAGCUUCCAUUCCUCUGCGUCACCAGGCAGCACCCAAAACUCCGGCAGCUCCCACAAGAGCGCAGGCUCAUCCUCAUCAUCUCUCAGCUACACAGGAAAGCACUCAAGUGGCUCUAGCUCUUCAGGACAAUCUUACAAAUCGCCCUUCGUUUCUGGUUCCCUCUCCAAGCACGGGUCUUCUUCCAGCAGCUCCUCAUCUGGAGCUUCUGCAAACCAGGGCUGCUCCUCUGGGAGCUUGCUGCCCAGUGUGCAGACCCCUUCCUCGGGCCAGGCGUCCAGCCGCCCGUCCUCCAGCUCCUCGGUGAAGAAGACUCCCGUUUCGCAGAAGCUGACUCUGGUGGCACCUCCCGGAGGUUCAAACGGAGAUUCUAGCGGGGGCACUCAAGGAGUGGCCAAAUUGCUGACCUCCUCCCUAAAGCCAGCUGUUGUUAGCAGCACCGCAUCUUCUACCUCUGUGCCGAAAGGAACUAGUGGAGCAGUGCUGCUAACGAGUUCUUCCUCGUUAAGUGUACUGGCUCCAUCCUACAAGUCCAGCAAUCCAAAGCUGCCAGCUGCCCUGAGCUCCACCCCGUUAGGUAUUAUCUCUCCUAUUCAUUCCUUCCCUCUUCAUGUCAUCUCCUUCAGUUCAGACUCCUCCCCAAAAGCAGGAGUAUCAAAGGAUGCAAUAGUUACGGGACCUGCUCCAGGAACUUUCCACCAUGGCCUUGGCCACAGUCUUCUAGCUGGCUUGCACUCCAGCCCCCACCAUGCAGCGUCACUCCCACAUUCUGCCCUGUCCACUCAUUUACCGCAAAGUUUGCCAGAUGCUUCUCAGCUUCACGGCAAAGGGUCCAAUGCACAGCAGCGCAAGUUGUGACAUCUGCAAGGAGGGGAGCUAGAGCACACAUAGGAUAAAACCAAGAGGAACAGGUCAUGAACUUUGGAUACCAGCUGUGUCUUUUUUUUUUUUCUUUUCUUUGUCCUCACGACAACUGGAGAGACUGAACCGCAAUGAGGAACUCAUUGGUGCGUUUGCUCAGAGGCUUUCAGAGCUAAGCCCCACACAAAGGGCCACCUUGAGCCAUGCCCUAAUGAGAGAAGCAUUUUGUAGCACUGUUUUAUUGCUGCUGCCCUUCACGCAUUCCCUGGCACUGGCAGGAGCUAGAACUCGCAGGGAGGCUCGGGUGGCUUGGCUUUCUUGCAGUGGAUUCCUGCCCACCUGUGUCUAUAUCUGCCAAGUACCUCCAAGUCCAGUUACCUCCUUGGUCUCCGAGUGGAGGGUAUGAAAGGUGCUUCUUUCUUCUGCUUUGGAUUUACUUGGAUAAUUCUAGCACUGCCAGUGCUUUCUGAAGACGUUUGACUAACUUUUCAAUUGUACUAUAAAACUGUGCUACAGUUAAUAGGAGGACUUCACAUUUCCUGUGUGGUGAAUCUAAUGAACCACCUGAUGUUCCCCUCUGGAGGAGAAGGAAGACUCUUUAGAGAGACGUUUUUAGAUGCAGUUGUUGACUUUGAGAAUUUUACUUCUUUUGGGUUUUGGAUUUUUUUUCCUCCUGCUCAGUUUUAUCCUCAUUACCAUCGAAUGCAUUGGAUUGAAUGGGACGCUUCUCAGCAUGUCACGUGUAUAGGAAGACAUAAUUCCAGUGCCUUUUAUGGUGGAGCAAGAAUGGACUAGUGACACGCAUUUCAGCCCUGUUUUGUGUGCUCCUCAACCCUUUUUUAAUCAUUCUGUAUUUAAAAUGUAUUCUGUUUUAUUUAAUAGAGCUUUUUAUGGUUGCACAUCAAAAAAAAA